UCUGUGGGUGAAAUAAAGCAGACUUGGUGUGACAGUUGGAGCUUUAUUUUAUUUACUGAAAAUACAUUCCAUAUUGUCCUUCUUGCUUCUGGUUUUAUUUCUUUUUUUUAUUUCUUUCAAUAUAGGAUAAAUUAAUACAUUGUAAUAUGAAUAAUUAUGAACUGAAAACUACAAUGAGCUAUGAUCUGUUUUUCUAUGUAACAUCCUCAAACAUCCUGGAGUAAAUCAGAUUUGAUUUAGCAAUGUGAUUAACUUAUUAUUUUAAGGAUCCCCCAUUCAGCCUUUUAUAAUUUUUUAUUUAACCUUUAUUUAAUUAGGCAAGUCAGUUAAGAAGAAGUUCUUAUUUACGAUGAUGGCCUACAGGGGAACAGUGGGUUUAACUGCCUUGUUCAGGGGAAGAACGACAGAUAUUUACCUUGUCAGCUUGGGGAUUCGAUCUAGUAACCUUUGGGUUACUGGCCCAACGCUCUAAUCACUCGGCUACCUGCCGCCCCAAGCCUUCACCACGGUCGUAAGGUUUACUAGAAUGUUUCCAGACUUAUCAUUCCACUAUGCUUUGCACUGCUGUGAACAACCACAAUCAUUUUAAUUGAACCUUGUCUUUAUCAAAUCAAAUGUAUCCCAUUUAGAUGGAGUAUGUUUUCAAGAGAAACCUGGUCCUUAGACUGCAGCAGUUUUGAGAAAGGUAUUUGGGGAGACGGCCGCUAUUAUUAGCUCUGCUCUGCUUUAGUUUUUUUUACUCCGUCUGGUUUUACUUUACACCUUAACAAUCUGUCUGACUGGGUCAUAUGUUGUGAUGGUGCACACCCCAAUGCUAGAUCAGUGUUUUGAAACAGUUUUGAAACAGUCCCUUGAGGAGAUGACAUGUGGUUACUUUGUUUCCCAAUCCUGGUCUUGAGAGACCAGUGUGUGCUGGUAUUUUAUCAUAACCAUCCUCUGUUUAAAUUUGUGUUGAUUUGUUACAGGGUACUGAAUACCAGUUUACACAGGGACCCUUCAGGCAGGUGUGUAACUUGCGGCACAACGGGUCAAUUUGAACCCCCCGCCCCCCCCCAAAAUAAUAUGCCAUGUUUAGUUUGAUUUCCCACUGUAAAGCGCCAAGCACCUACAGGCUUUCUGGCUUUGCACCACAGAAUCAGUUCCUCAUUUUAUGAUGUUUUAUGAUCAUAUCUCCCCACUGCCAAAUAUGCUUUUUGCUCUGCCGGGUCCAAGGGAGGUUGGCCCAUGAUAAGCGCAGAAAUGCGCACAAUGCAGUAUAGGCUACACUCGAAUGUUCCAAAAUGCAAUUGGUGGGAGCCGUUGUAAAAAAGCGCACCGAAUGUCAGUGGUUUUAUGUGACCGAGAUGAGCAUUUAGAAAGAGGGGAGAUCUAAAGAUGCAACAGCUAGCAUGGGUUGCUAAUAUAACUAGGAUUGUCUUGGGCUGCUGGAUGACGAAUUAAUGUUGAUAGAAACCUGCUAGAAAUGCUGGUUUUCGUGGCAUAAGGAACUGUUUAUAAAAUAAUUCCCUCAAUAUUUUAUGGUCUGAUUUUUGCUAGGCUACUUCGGAACAAGUCUAUCGCCACUGCUAACAUGGAUCAGGCCCAGCUGGAAGCCUUCCUUACUGCCCAGACCAGGAAGCAGGGCACGGGGGGUGUGAGCGCCGAGCAGGCGGCCGCCCUCUCCCGGUUUUGGAAGAGCCACCGGGUCCGGGUGAGGGAGAGCCUGCUGGGCCAGAGCCGCUGGGAGCCCGGCCUGAAGGGCCUCACCUGGAGGGUGGACCUCCAGACCUCAGCCAGCAGAGGGGGUGCUGUUAACAUUCCCGUGGCCCUGGUGGAGCUGGAACUGGGCAGGACUGGAGCGGAUUCAGACUUUGUGUGUCUGGAGUUUGACGAGGCGAAGGUGAACCAGGUGUUGAAGAAGAUGGCAGAGAUCCAGGAGAGCAUCGACGCCAUCGUACACCGCAGCUAGGGUCUACAUUUCUGUGUGAAAUAGGAGAGAAACGUCCCCGUUCUAUAAAAACAAUAAGUGGUUUCCAGUCUUUUCCUGUCAUUUCUUUUCAUUCUAUGACUUGGACAGAAAACAUUAGCCUGCCAGGUAGCAGACAGGAAAACUAUGCAUUAUAGAUGUAUCUUUAUACCUUAUUUACAGUAAGUCCUAUCUGUUGAGUCUAACAAAUGGGAUAUUGUUCUAUCAAUGCUAGAGAGAACCUGCUGUUUUGUUUUGUGGCCGGGAUGGAAGACUUCUUUUCACGUACAGAACAUACAGUACUGUUAUGCUUGAUUUACAAUUAGUGCAAUGUCCAUUUUGUACAUACCUGUUGCCAUUCCAGACAGUGAUACAUUGAUAUUUCAGUUCAAGCCUAGUAAACCUAACAUCCCCUUGCUUAAUGUUGGGCAGACAACUUGUACGAUAUCGUUGUUCCCAAAGGAACUGCUUCUUCCCACACUAUUUCUAGCCCCUCAACAUUCCGGCUGCCUGACCUGGUCUGAACUUUCCGUACUGGGCACAGGCCAGGGGUGUAGGCUGUUCAGUGAGGUGAGACAUUCACAACAUUGCAAGUAGAAAUAGAAAUGACGAGAUUUGCUAUUCUACAUGACAGACAAGCCUAUAUGUUGUACAUGCAAAAUAAUGAUCUGAAUAUGUUGUAUGGUUGCACCCUCCUGGACAGACCCACAUGCUGUCCCAAUUGGCCCAAUGUCUUAAAUAUCCAUAUUUUCUUGUCUCACUUAUUUUGUAUUGAUUGGAAAGACUUUUGAUUGUUGAAAAGCAAAAUGAUGGGAAGUAUCUGGUCCUUUGAACUGUCAGUGAUCAUAGAAGAGAAAGAAUGAACAUUUAUUCAUCCAUAGUGAUGUCAUAAAGAUGAAUUUGUACAAUAAAGGUUAGAGCUGGGACGAUAAACCAAAAAUGAUUGAUACUGACCGAACCAACAUUUUUCUCUAACAUUUUCCUGAUAUUGAUAUUAACGAUAAGUAGCCUUUACUAGAGGAAUAUGUAGUUUAAAGACAAUCAGUAAGUCUGCUAAUAUACGCUAUUUCUAACACAUUCAUGUUAUCAAUGUAUUCAGUUUGUCGUUAUCGUGAUAAUUCAGUCAAUUUAUCGUGAUUUGUCCAUAUCGCCCAGCUCUAAUGAAAGGUCCCUGUCAUCUUGUUACCCCCAUUUGCAGAAUGGGAUAUCAACCCACACUUUGGAUCAGGUGUUAAAAAAAAUAUUAAACCAUAACAAAAAUGUAUCAAAGCCUGCUUUUCAUGUUGUCUUUGUAAUUAAUAAACCAAAGUUAAAGGA